AUGAUGAUAGGGUACUGCAAACUAGGCGCCUCGCAACCCCUCUUUGACGUCAAAUACUGGGAUUCUUUUGGGCCUUCGAAUGUAUACAUCCCACGCUACAAUCUGCACACGAUCAUACUGCGAUUAUGGCGACUCACUCGGAAGCAACCACUAUUCCAGGGCACCGUGCAUCUUGUAGACCUUGAGCAUACACUCCAAGCUCGCCAUGCCGGUGCUGGAGAUAUCGUACUGGUCCCGACACCAUCCAAUGAUCCAGAUGAUCCUCUAAAUUGGUCGCCGAAACGCAAGCUAACAUCAACCAUCUGUUCAAAUCUCUAUACAUGGAUGACUGGAAUGGCUGUCUCGACUGUUUAUUCGGUGCUCGUGCCCUUGUCGGAGAACUCGGGCGUAUCUGUCUCGACGCUCAAUGAAGGCACUGGUUAUAUGUUCCUCCUACUCGGUUGGGGUCUACUCUUCUGGCAACCAAUCGCCCUGAAAUACGGCAAGCGACCUGUUUACCUUAUUUCCGUACUGGGUGCUAUCGGAACCAGCAUUUGGAGUGCCUACGUCAAGAGUAAUGGAGAGUGGCUUGCAAGAUGCCUUGUGAUGGGGUUCUUCAUCGCCCCCAUUGAGGCUCUGCCAGAAAUCUCGGUCACUGACAUCUACUUCACACACCAGCGAGGAACAUUUAUGGGCAUAUACGCUUUCAUGCUUGCCGGUAGCAAUUACUUUGCACCCAUAAUUUGCGGCUUUAUCGCGGAGCGCCAGGGUUGGCAGUGGGUCUUUUACUGGCCGGCCAUAUUCAACGCAUUCACCUUGAUCUUCCUUUUCUUCUUCAUGGAAGAGACAAAUUACCGGCGUCAGUCAACUGAAAGUCCCAGUGCACCGAGUCCAACCCCAGAAAACAAAAUUAUCGAUAGUGGAGACCACGAAAAGGCACAUGCAAUAUCUCCUCAAUCUUCCUCAAGUAUCCAAGCGGGAACAGUCACGAAGUCCUUCAGCCAGAAACUCUCACUAUGGCAGCCAAUGCCUGAGCAGAACCUAUUCCAGAGCGCAAAGCGCAGUCUAUCAUAUCUUGCUUGGCCAGUAAUUGCUUACUGUGGUUUCAGCUACGGCUCCUACUUGAUCCUGUUCAACAUUCUCAACGCCACGGCUUCCAUCAUCUUAGGUGGCGCACCCUACAAUUUCAAGGCUUCAAUGGUCGGCCUGUCAUACAUCUCCUGCGUCAUCGGAGUUGUAGUCGGAGCACUCACAUCUGGCCGCGUGAGUGACUGGCUAACAGUCAAGCUUGCCCGGAAAAACAACGGCAUUAUGGAGGCCGAGCACCGACUAUGGCCCUUUGCAACUUGUUUGGUUAUGGUGCCCGGUUCUCUCCUACUAUGGGGUGUCGGUGCCGCCCACGGUAUCCACUGGUUCGGCCUCAUUGUUGCAAUGGGAUGCUUAGCCUAUACUUCGACUGUGGGUGUGACGUUGAGUGUCAACUACAUGAUCGACAGCUAUCACGACAUCAGUGGAGACGCGAUUGUUGCUAUCAUCUUGAUCAGGAACACUAUGUCUUUUGCGGUCAACUAUGGUAUCACACCUUGGCUUAGAAACUUGGGAUACCAGAAUUGCUUCAUUAGCGCGGCGUUCGUUGGACUGGCAGCAUCGUCGGUGUUCCUUGUCAUGAUCAAGUAUGGUAAAGGGCUUCGCGUCAAGUCGAGCAGCAAGUACUGGAGCAUCGUCAAUGCCGAUGAGGUCAAGACAUGAGUUUCUUAGACAUCUAAAUAACAUACUUUUCCAAUUCUGCAA